AUGGUCUACACACUUCCGUUCGCCGACAUCCAAGUCACGUCGCCCGGCUUCGGCGCCAUGGGUAUCAGCUUUGGUCUUGGCAGCAACCUGACGCUCGAACAGGCUGAGCCUGUUCUCCUCAAGGCGAUCGAACUUGGCUGCACAUUCUGGGAUACAGCAGUGGUUUACCAGGCAGGUGUCAACGAAAAGCUUCUGGGAGAUUUCAUAAGGAAGCACAACGUCCGCGAUAAAGUCUUUUUGGCAUCCAAGUGCGGCAUUGCUGCCUUUGGCGACAUGAGUGUGACCAACUCCGCCUCUCACAUCAACGAGUACAUUGAAGGAACUAUCGAACGGCUCGGUUUCACGCCUGACCUUUACUAUCUGCACCGCAUUGACCCAAACACUCCGCUCGAGGAGUCCAUCCCAGCGCUGGACAACCUUCGCAAGCAGGGCAAAACCAAAUACAUUGGCCUAUCAGAAUGCUCAGCAGCGACACUGCGCAAAGCCAACUCCAGUAAGCGAUGUCUGGCUCACCAAUGCGGGACCUCUAUUGACGCAGCAAUAGUCGCCAAGAUCGAUGCCCUCCAAGCUGAAUACUCCGCCUUCGAGACUCUCCAUGAGACGGACGGCUUGAUCGACGCAGCAAAGGAAUUGGGCAUCGCCUACGUGGCAUACAGCCCUCUCGGCCACGGUUGGCUCGUAGAUGACUUCCCUUACCAGACUCCCGACGACUUUGCCCCCGAUGACUUCCGUCGCACUGUUCCCAAGUUUCAAGGUGAGAACUUCUACAAGAAUAAGGCGAUUGUCGUCGAAAUCAAGAAGCUGGCAACGCGCAAGGGUUGUACCCUAACUCAAAUCGCUCUGGCAUGGGUCGCGGCCCAAGGCAUGAUCGCCAUCCCUGGCACAACCAAGUCUACGCGGCUGGAGGAGAACUUUGCGUCACGGAAAGUGGAAUUGUCGGAAGACGAAAGGAAGGAACUCCGGCGUAUAAUUGACUCGGCCAAACCAGUCGGCAACAGGUAUAAUGAGGCUCAACAGGCUCGUGUGGGUCAUUGA